CAGGGCGCUGUUAGAGUUGAAAAAGCCAGCGUCUGCCGGUGCCAUUUAUUCUGUUUCUCAUCUGUGAAGUGCAGAGCUUGCCGCCAUGGCAAGAACCAAGCAGACGGCCCGUAAAUCCACUGGUGGCAAGGCGCCCAGGAAGCAGCUCACCACGAAGGCUGCCCGCAAGAGCGCCCCCGCUACCGGCGGCAUGAAGAAGCCUCACCGUUACAGGCCCGGCACCGUGGCUCUGAGGGAGAUCCGCCAUUAUCAGAAAUCUACUGAGCUGCUCAUCCGUAAGCUGCCCUUCCAGCGCCUGGUAAGAGAAAUCGCCCAGGACUUUAAAGGACAUGGGACAUGGAUUUUUUUCUGGACCGAUUUGCGCUUCCAGAGCUCGGCUGUCAUGGCACUGCAGGAGGCGAGCGAGGCAUACUUGGUCGGCCUGUUCGAGGACACUAACCUGUGUGCCAUCCACGCCAAGAGAGUGACCAUCAUGCCCAAGGACAUUCAGCUGGCAUGCCAUAUUCGCGGAGAGCGCGCUUAA